AGUUAUGGAUGGGUCUUUGAUUCAACAUUAAGACAAAUACGUUGAAGAGUAGUUGCAUCCUUUGGUAGCAUACUCACUGUGCAAAACGCUGCAGGUUACACCAUGGCCGGCAGCGGCAGCGGCAGCCCGCCCUGCGCAUCGUGCAAGCUGCUGCGGCGGCGGUGCACGCAGGAGUGCGUGUUCGCACCCUACUUCCCUCCCGAUGACCCCCACAAGUUCGCCAUCGUCCAUAAGGUCUUCGGAGCCAGCAAUGUCAGCAAGAUGCUGCAGGAGCUGCCUGCUCAGCAGAGAGCGGACGCCGUGAGCAGCCUGGUGUACGAGGCCAACGCGCGCAUGAGGGACCCCGUGUACGGCUGCGUGGGCGCCAUCUCCUACCUCCAGCAGCAGGUCUCCCAGCUCCAGGUGCAGCUCGCCCUCGCCAAGGCCGAGAUCCUCUGCGUCCAGAUGCAGCACGACGAGUCAGCUGCAGCUUCUGCCGCGCCAGCACCGGCAAAGCAACAACAACUCUAUCACCACCACCAGCAGCAGCAGACGAUGGAGUGCGAGGCUUACGGCAGCCUGCUCGUGCAGAAUGGUCUGAUGAUGAACACGUUGGGCAGCGCUGGUGCAGCUCAUCAGCAGCAGCAGAUGCUGGGUGGCUUCGGCUCUGCGGGGAACACUGCAAUGGCGCUGCAGGAGGCGUGCCUCAAGAAAGAGACCCUUUGGGCAUGAGUGGGUACCUCCAUUUGUCGUCGACAAGCAAGACAGAACAAAACUAGCUGUCCGCCGCUGUAAUUCUAUGAAAAAAGAUCAUCCGAAACAAUAAUCUCUCAGCAUUUCUACUUGAAAACUAAGAACAAGACCAUUCAAAAGAAAUAGAAACUAAGAACCAAGACGAAGCUAGCUGAGGGAUCUUGAUGUGAAGUAGAGUUUUUUGCACAACGGCUGCUACAGAAGUUUGAGAGGUUCACCUUUUGGUAGAGCUGGGAUGAGCUGAGAGUCAGCUAUUUGGACGAGUUUGGAUUCACAUGGUGUGCACAUCAGUAGAACUGUUUUGUUCGUUGACAACUGGACACUAAUAAAUAAGCAUAAUAAAACUCUUAAAAAUUUCCCAAA